AUGCCAGUCAUUAUCCGAUUCGUCUCAGUCAUUGGAAGCAACAAUUCCCCGUUAUACAUUCGAGGGUUCAAUCUUACAGGCGAAGAAGAAGAUGGCCUAACAGCAGAUCUCACCACCAACAAGGAACUGCUACAGUACCAUUUCCUUUCUCACAUGGCUCUCGACUACGUUGUGUCACAGCUCUCUCACACAGAAUCUACAAAAGACUAUGCUCUUUUACUAGUCCAUAGCGGCAUUGCUGUCUUUGGCAGUCUUACAAACACUGGCAUCAAAAUCCUUAUCGGCAUCGACGCGCAGGAAAGCGUUCGUGCCGAUCUGCGAACAACCAUGCGACUGCUCAACCGAGCAUACAUAUCAUACAUUUGCAACCCUUUCAAGGAAUCAAAGGGCCAACAACAGAUAACGAGUAAAGCAUUCAACAACCAAGUGCGAAACAUAGUAAAUGCAUGGAACUCUGCAGCAGCCGGGUUCAUGUGA